AAAACCUCUUGUGGUGUCAAAGAGGGAGCGUGGAAGAGCCACUCAGGUUUUCACUUGCACAAUUUGCACACUGAUGGCUCAAACUGAAUGUGUGAGUGAGAUGACGGGUGAGAAAGAGAGAGCAGUAGAGCAGCGAGAGAGAAAGAGAGAGAGAUGAGUUCCACUCCACCCACAUCCAUAUAUGAGGGGGAGGUGAAACAGUUGAGAGCUUACUGUGCUAUUAACUGACAUUAUUUAGUUGCCUCAGUCUGGAGAAGACACUAGUCAAGACAGCUCCCCAUCAGAAUUCCACCCAGUUGGAACAACAAUGGCUUCACAUGUGAAACUUCGGAAGGAGAAGGUUGGUUUGGUGGACUAUGACACACAAAUCAAAGAUGUACGUUGCCAGCUUACAGACCAGCUGAAGGUGUUGGACUUGCAACUAGAGCAGAAGAGCCAGCAGCUGCAGGACCUGUCAGACUACCUGCGACGACGGGGCGAGAUUGAAAGCGAGUAUGCCCGCUCCCUCGAUAAACUAGCUGAACGUUUCACUUCCAGAAUCAAGAGAAAGGAGCCCAGUAGUCACUCAGUGGCCCAGGUCUGGCUGGCUCUGCUGUCCCAAACUCGCCAAGAAAGUAAGGACCACAAUGGACUGAGUGAGAGCUGCAACAAUUUCCUCAUCCAACCCCUCACACACUGCCUGGAUUACACACAACGUCUUGCCAAGAAGAGUAAAGACAUCUGUAUUCAGUUGCAAGAUGGACUGCUCAAGGUUACCACAGAGCUGCAGACUGCAUGGCGGACAUACUACCAGUACCACUCAGAGUAUGUGUGUGCAGAGGGGAAACUGAAGGAGGCAGAGAAACAAGAAGAAAAGCAGAAGCAGAGUGCUGCCAAGAAACUGGAGCGGUUGAUAGAGAAAAGACAAGGUAAGGUCCAAGACAUCUACCUGAAGUGCAGCAAGGCUCGAAAUGAUUACCUUCUGAACUUGGCCGCAGCCAACGCCUCCAUGAAUAAAUACUACCUUCAAGACAUCUCUGCUCUCAUAGAUUGUGCAGAUGUAGGGUACCACGUCUCUUUGAGUCGGGUAAUGAAUGCCUACCUGUCCAGUCGGCGACGGACCCAGGAGAACCUGGGUACAGGGCUGCAACAGCUCCAAGUCACUGUAUCCGAACUGGACCAGAUUCAUGAUAGAGACAGCCUCCUGCAGGACCACUAUAACACCUUCUGCAUGCCCCUUCGCUUCUCUUAUCAGCCUCAUGAUGGAGACCAGGUGUCUGAGGUCAGUGCAGAGUGUGAGAUGAGAUGUGAGCUGGAGACCAGAUUCAAACAGAUACAAACCAGACUGAAGGCAGUUACCCAGGACACAGAGGAGGCUAAAAAGAGCAUGUCGGCAGCCCAGGCUUCCCUGCUGGAGAGUAUUAGCGAAGAUGAUCUUGAGCUCGGCAUCAGCGCGGCCCAGGAGGGCAGCACUGAGAACCUGAUGGUCAAGCCCAGUGUGACCCGACGCAGGACCAACCUUCAGGAAAUAGAAAACCUUUACACCACUAGAAUAAAGGAGUUUCUUGUAGGCGGCUCCCUGAUAUCUAAACUGCAAGCCAAACAUGAUCAGCUUAAAGUGGCUGUGGAAAAAGCUGAAGCAUCAAAUGGACAUCAGCCUAGGUACAGUGAAAAGUCCAUGCGUAUCAGGAAGAAUCAUUCGAGUGCUAAUUUGAUGCACAACCAUAAACUGUUCAAUGGAGACAUGCUGUCCUUCAUAAAGGCAUCAGGUCAACAGAUUCCAAUUAUCGUGCAAAGCUGCAUCUGCUUCAUCAAUCUCAAUGGUCUCCACCAUGAAGGGAUUUUUAGAGUGCCGGGGCCUAGGAUGGAGGUCAACAAUCUGAGGGAUGCAUUUGAGCGAGGAGAGGACCCCCUAGCCGAGCGUGGCUAUGAUCUGGACUCUGUUGCUGGAGUGCUGAAGCUCUACUUCAGAGAUCUGGAGAAUCCCCUCUUCCCAAUUGAUAGCACCAGCCAACUCCUGGAGCAUGCCCAAAUAAAGAACGAGGCAGAGAGAGCAGCUCAGCUCAAAAUGGUCAUCUCUUCUUACCCUGAGCCUGUCAUCAUUGUCAUGAGAUAUCUCUUUGCAUUCCUUCAUCAUGUGUCUCAAUACAGUGACGAGAACAUGAUGCAGCCUUAUAACCUGGCUGUGUGUUUUGGCCCCACCCUCGUAAGAGGGGCUAAUGAUGAUGAUGUUGUCGCCAUGCAACCUCAGAUAAAUGCCCUGGUGAAGAACAUCAUCCUCCAACAUGAAAGUAUCUUCCCCAGCCAGAGUGAAUUACAAGGGCCGGUGUAUGAGAAAUGCAUGACACUAGAACAGGAUGACUGUGAGCCCAUCAUUGAAGAAGGAGAUGUAGAAGCAGAGUACAACAAUAGCAAAGAGGAGGUGGAAGCUGACAGCAGCACCAGGUCAUUCGCAGCACCAACACAGAAAAAAACAGAGCGUCCUAGAGCCAACAGCAGCGGUUCAAUUGACCAAAAUAAGUUCAUAGGUGGACCAGCAGGUGGCGGCGUCACUUCAGGUGGGAAGUUAUUGCUUCAGAUUCCUGUUGGGCCACAGUGCAAGCCAAAGCGUGUCCACUCUCCUGGCAAUGUGCGCAGAGAAUCUCAGCAACUCUCAUCUGCUGAGGAUAUUUCUGUUCAAGUAGACAAGGAUGUCUGUCGCCAAAUGGACUCAGUCUUCAAGGAGCUUCUCUCGCGGCAAGUGACGCAGGAACCCUGCUCUCCCAAGCUUAAAUACUCUGCCCAAGCUCCCCAAAAGAAAGGGAAGCGGGAUGGACGCAAGGGGAAAGGUGCAGGGCUUUUCAAAGGAGGCGAUCUGUUGGACUGAGAGGACUGGCAUCAGCAGAUGACACGGAAAGAAGAAGCGAUGAUACAAAUGAAAACUGAGGUGUAAGGUUAUGUGCUCUGACAGUAGCUUUCAGCACAUCUAUUUCUAGAAGACUGGGAUCACUGACCCAUAGUCACUUCUCUGCUGUCCCUGUUGAUUUGAGCUUAUUCCCACAGGGUGGCUCCCUACUCAGAAGCUCUUUCAUUUAUGCUUUGUACAGCAGAACCCUGCUGUGACUGCAGACCUGCAGUACAAUGUGGAUUACUUGAAAUGCACAGAUGUAUUUGUGUCCUGCUGAAUGUGGUUAUGCAACUACAUGCAUCUGUGUAGGCUUUUGAUAUCAAACUGUUUUCAGAUUAAGACAAACUUUCUCAAUGAUUUUUAGUCAGUACAAACAAACAAAUGUGCACAUACAUAUCUGUUUCCCAAACUGAUAUGGAGUCAGAUAGUUAAGAAAACUGUGAAAACUGUAGCUGUAUGGACUUUGUAUAUAUUAAUUAUUUGUAACUUGGGUCACACUUUAUGAUUUGUCUGUAUAUAUCUGCUACCUGCCAAAUAAAUAUUUUGUCUUUUCUCA